AUGCAGGUGUGUUUUCAAUUAUUAGAUUAUAUAUUAGAAAGAUGGUGUUUACCAACAUUUAGUGAUGUUACCAAUGCUGUAGAUAUUAUAGUUAUACAGGAUAUUACAACUAUACAAAAUUUUCUGGAGGCAUUUACAGAAGCUGGUGAUAGUUUAUUUGGUUGUUUAUUAGUGAAAGGAAAAGUGGCGUCUGCUACCAAGAAAUGGUGUUCGUUGUCACCUACUGAAUUAAUAUUAUUAUCAUUAUUAAUAGAAUCAUUACCUCACUGUACAUCUAGAGAUCUUCCUGUUUAUUUACCUCAAAUGAGUCCAACAGUGCCACAUAGAUUGUUAACAUUCAAUCUAAUUAAUGGUGUAGAUGUUUGUGUUAUAUGUGGACCUUCACCAUCAUUAUCUAAGUUACAAUCAGAGGUUUCAAGAUUUUGGAGUCCAGCUAUAGAUAAUUUAAGAGCAGCUUGUGAUGUUCAUCCUAGGAAUGUACCUAACAAUGUUGUUUUAGAUCAGAAUAUAUUGGGAUUUAUGUUAAUAAACAGUGAAAGUAAUAAAUGUUUAUGUUCUGUUGAUAUCAAUAAUAAUUUACAAGAAAGAGGUAUAAAUAGUAGUAGAAGAAGAGAGAUAUUAAGAUGUUACUAUCAGAAAGUUAUAGGAACAUAUUUCUCUAGUACUGUAGAGGGCAGUGAAAUAGGUCCAGCAGAAUACAGUCACAAACCACAAGAAACUUAUGUUGUUACAGAUACAUAUAAAAUAUAUGCCUUACAAUCAGCUUCAUUUCAAUUCUUUGUUUUGUACACUACUGAUAUUCCAACUUAUGCCAUGAGAUCCGUUACCCAGAAAUCCUUCAACAUUUUAACUAAAGAUAAGAAUGUAGUUAUAUAUGAAUCAUGA